UUUAACAAGCAAGCAAGCUUAUUUAUUUUGAUUUUUUUGGCAUGCAGCGAUUUUUGCAGAUAUUUGGUCAACAAAAAUGCAAAGUUAUUGGCAUGAUACACGUGGAUGCACUGCCAGGCACGCCAGGCUAUGCCGGCAACUGGCAGCAGACUAUAGAGAAGGCCAAAUACGAGGCUGAGCUGUACAAGCGCCAGCAGCUGGACGCCGUGCUUAUAGAGAAUAUGCAUGACAUACCAUAUGUGCAGGAGAGUCACUUGGGUCCCGAGAUUGUGGCCUGCAUGACACGCUUGGCGCAGUCAGUCCGUUCCAUACUGCCCAAGCAAACACCGUGUGGUGUGCAACUGUUAGCCUGUGGCAACAAGCAAGCGUUGGCUGUAGCCAAAGCCAGUCAACUGCAAUUUAUACGAGCCGAGGGCUUUGUGUUUGGACAUGUGGCGGACGAGGGCUAUACGGACGCCUGCGCCGGCGAGCUGCUGCGUUAUCGUAGGCUUAUCGAUGCACAAGAUGUGCUGAUCUUUACAGAUCUAAAGAAGAAGCACAGCUCACAUGCGAUAACCUCAGACGUCAGUCUGUUGGAAACAUCACAUGCAGCAGAGUUCUUUUUAACUGACGGCAUUAUAAUCACGGGCACGGCUACAGGCCAGGCAGCGAAUCCCAAUGAUGUGGCAGAGCUAUCUGGAAAACUGAAGGUGCCACUUAUUAUAGGCUCAGGUGUAACAAAGGAUAAUAUAGCUUCCUAUUACAAGGAAACGCAAGCUGUUAUCAUUGGUUCUCAUUUCAAAAAGCGAGGCAACUGGCAGGAGGACAUAGAUGAACAUAAUGUGGAAAGUUUUAUGAGCAAGCUUUGUGAACUGAGACAGACUUAACUGUUGGAAAUGCUUUUAUUGUUCAAUAAUGAUAUGAAAAUGUUUGUAAAUAUGUA